AUCUUCAAUCACUUUAACAAACAAAAAAAUGUCUGUUCUUGCUAUUCUCUUCAUUUCUCUGAUAUUAUCAAACUUCAGUAACAAAACUGAGGCAAAAACAUUCUCAUUUAAAGAAACAACUAUUGAUGACAUUCAUAAGGCUUUCAAGCAAAACAAACUUACAUCAAGACAACUUGUUGAGUUCUAUCUAAGUGAAAUCCAGAGAUCCAAUCCAAUUCUAAAAGGGAUCAUAGAAGUGAAUCCAGAUGCACUCUUUCUUGCAGAUAAAGCUGAUCAAGAACGAAAAGCGAACGCGCCUAAAUCACUAUCUAGGCUACAUGGUAUCCCAGUUCUUGUGAAGGACAACAUUGCAACAAAAGAUAAGCUUAACACAACAGCAGGAUCAUUAGCACUUGUCGGAUCGAUUGUGCCACAAGAUGCUGGUGUUGUCAAGAAGUUGAGGAAUGUUGGUGCUAUCAUACUUGGCAAGGCAACUAUGACUGAAUGGGCUGCUUUUAGAACUACAAACUUGCUAAUGCCUAAUGGUUGGAAUGGUAGACUUGGACAAGCUCUGGAUCCUUAUGUAGCAAGUGCUGAUCCAUCAGGAUCAAGCACGGGUUCUGCAACAUCAGUAGCAGCAAACAUGGUAGCAGUAUCAUUGGGGACAGAAACUGCAGGCUCCAUUCUAUCUCCGUCAAGUGCUAAUUCUGUUGUUGGAAUCAAACCAACUGUUGGCCUCACUAGCAGGGCAGGUGUAAUCCCAAUUUCACAUAGACAAGACACUGUAGGGCCAAUCUGCAGGACAGUAACUGAUGCUGUUGAGGUUCUUGAUGUCAUCGUUGGCUUUGAUCGAGAUGAUUUCCCAGCAACUAAGAAGGCUUCCACUUACAUCCCACAUGGUGGAUACCGACAAUUUCUUAAGGCUGAUGGGCUCAGAGAUAAAAGACUAGGAAUUUCAAAGGACUUUUUUGAUUCUAAUGAUAUCAAAACUUACCAACAACAUUUUAACACCUUAAGGCAAAAAGGAGCAGUCUUAGUUGACAACCUGGUAAUACCUUCCACCGACUUGGUCUACAAUGCUAUUGAUGUUUCUCAAAACAUAGCACUUUCUGCUGAAUUCAAGAUGGACCUAAAUGCAUAUCUUAAACAUUUAGUCCACACUCAAGUUCGAUCCUUGGCAGAUGUUAUAGCCUUCAACAAGAUUUCACCUCCGGAAAAACUCAAAGAAUAUGGUCAAGAUAUAAUGUUGGAAGCUGAGAAGACAAAUGGAAUAGGGAAAUUGGAAAGGGAGGCAUUGAGAAACAUAACAAAAGCAUGCAAAUACGGGUUCGAGAAGAUGAUGAAAGAAAAUAAGAUAGACGCGUUGAUGUCACCUGGUGCUAACAUUGCUAACCAUCUCGCGAUAGGAGGUUAUCCAGGGAUCAAUGUACCAGCUGGUUAUGAUAAAACUGGAACUCCGUUCGGAAUUUCAUUUGGAGGACUAAAGGGUUCUGAGCCAACACUCAUUGAAAUUGCAUAUGGUUUUGAACAAGCAACACAUAUCAGGAAGCCCCCUCCUUCACAUCCUCAAUAGGCCAAUUCCAAGAACCAAAAGAGCAAUCAGAGUCAUGUUCAUCAAUUUCCUUGGCAUCUUCAGCUUCUCAGCUAGAACAGCUGCAGUUCCAAUAUAUGCAUCUUUAUCAAGUUUACACGCAUAACUCGGUCUAUUUCCAUCUUCCAUAGUGCUACUUGCACCAGU